CCCGUCCAGUCCGCGCCGGGACCGGGAGCAGCAUGGAGACUGUGCUGCUGGAGCACUUCCCCGGGGGGCUGGACUCCUUCUCCUCGCCCCCCUACUUUGACGAGGAGGACUUUUUCUCCGAGCCGCCUCCGCGGGACGUGCUGGGCACGGACGUGUUGCUGGAGCCGGACGUGGAUUUCCUCAGCCGGCAGCUGCAGGAGUACUACCGCGACGGCGGCGACCCCGAGGGUGGCUACCGCUGCCCGGCGCCGGCCGCCGCCUUCCCGCCGUCUCCCGCCUCGCCCGGCUUCGCCUACGAAUGCUGCGGGGCGGCGGGUGCGGCGCUGCUGUCCCCCGGGGGGCGGCUCCAGGCGCUGGGCUCGGCCAAGCGGCGGCGGCGGGUGCGCUCCGAGGCGGAGCUGCAGCAGCUCCGUCAGGCCGCCAACGUGCGGGAGCGGCGGCGGAUGCAAUCCAUCAACGACGCCUUCGAGGGGCUGCGCUCGCACAUCCCCACUCUGCCCUACGAGAAGCGCCUCUCCAAGGUGGACACUCUACGCCUGGCCAUCGGCUACAUCAACUUCCUCAGCGAACUGGUGCAGUCUGACCUGCCGCUGCGCAGCGCCAGCAGCGAGAGCCCCAGCCAGCCCAAGAAAAUCAUCAUCUGCCACCGCGGCACAAGAUCUCCCUCCCCGAGCGACCCCGACUACGGACUCCCCCCUCUGGCCGGUCACUCGCUGUCGUGGACUGAUGAAAAGCAGCUCAAGGAACAAAACAUCAUCCGGACAGCCAAAGUGUGGACCCCUGAGGACCCGCGGAAGGUGAACAACAAACCCUCCGUCAACGACAUAGAGAACGAGCCCCCCUUCGACUACGUGGCGUGAGGCGCCGCGCGGGUGGUCUCCGCCCCCGCCUGCUCUGUACAUGCUGUAUGUAGAGACCUAUAUUGUAAAUGUAAUUUAAGAUUCAGACUCUAAGGGCAAUCAACUUUAUUUAUCUAUUUAUUACGGAGUAGUGAUAAUGAGGUAGAAUCGUCUGUUUUGAGUGUAUAAUUUAUAUAAUUUAUCUUGAUUUUUUUAAAUAUAUGCAAUAGGUUUAAUUCCA